AUGUUUGGGACCGACUUCGAAGACUAUUGCGAUUUUAACGACAGCAUCUGCAGCAAUGAUUCUGGUUUUGAAAGAUCUUACACAGACUCCUUGGCUACGCCUACAUCCGCCACAAGCACUCCCAUAAAACACGAUACUAUAGACCUGGGAGUUUCCUUGACACCUACUAAAGAAGAUCACGUGAGGAGAAAGCUUUUUCCAGAUGAGUUCUAUCCCUUCCCUGCACAAGUUAAAGAAGUCAAGGAUUUUGAAGACUUUCAACCGCUUGAUAAUACAUCAACACCAGUAAAAUCAAAAGACAAGAAAUCAAAAGAUCCAAACAAACCGAAGAGAAAAUACGCGAAUGGUAAAAACAGGGUAACGAGAUGCAAAAGUCCAACGCAGAUUCUUAGAAUAAAGAGAAAUAGAAGAAUGAAAGCUAACGACAGAGAGAGAAAUAGGAUGCACAUGCUCAACGAAGCUCUGGAUCGGUUGAGAUGCGUCCUGCCAACAUUCCCCGAAGAUACGAAACUAACUAAAAUUGAAACGUUACGAUUUGCUCACAACUACAUUUUUGCUUUGAGUCAAACCUUAGAAUCAUUAGAUAGUAUUAACUCGGGACAGUUACCUGCUGCUGACUUUAGCUUUAAUUAUGAGAAAAAUUAUUCAGCUGUUGAUAAAGUAAAUAAAGACGCCUUCAGAGAUAUAUUCGUUUCCAGCAAAAGUGAGGACUGUAGUGGCGACGGAUACAGGAAUUUUCAGGGAUUUAGCAAACCUUUCCCGAAUGGAUCUAAUUUCCUUCAAACGUCAGAAGGAGUGCUAAUAAACGUUGGAAAUGUAACAGUUUCAGUCAAUAACAAAGGAGGUAACUGUAUAACAUCGACAACAGGGACAGGAUUUUUCACACAUCCAGCUAGCUUAGGCGACGAUAUGUUUCAAAAAAAUUGUUACAACCAAUAUAGUGGCAAUUAUGAUAACAUAGAUUCGACAUUGCAAAAUGGUCCUAAAGAGUACUUCAACCAAAAGAAUUAUGAGAUAUUUAAGAAUGCAUUUGAAACAGCUAAGAAUAGAAAGCAUUCAAAUACAAAUGAAUAUAUGUGUAACUACAGCCCUGUUUCCAAUCAUAGUUAUAGUUACAACGAGAAAUAUGGCUAUGCUAGUGAAGCAUAUUACUCUCAAAGUAAUUUUUAUUACAAUGACCAAAGAUACGUAGGUAGAGACUUCUAUAGAAGUCAAAGUAUAGUGAACGCUCAAACUUAA